AUGAUAAUAUUUUGUGUGUCUGAACUCGGCUUUAGUCUGUAGUGAGUAGCUAAACAAGAACCUAGUUCCAAUCUCUUAGCUUAGCAUAGCCCCAGAACCAAUUUGUGCCUUCAGUAAGCUAAACUUAACGCCUGUUCCUGUAGCCAUUAACUGUGCAAUACUUUGGUGAAAUAAACCAGUUAGUUUGUUACUUUUUAACACACAUUGUUUGCCGGUGGCAGAUUGCCGCUUAUCGCAAUUGGAGUGUUAGUGAUGACUAGAUUGUGACGCUGAACGGACGUCGCAUCGAUGGCUACGUCUGAUUUUGUGCUGGGCGGCGUGGCUGCCAUGGGAGCAGGUGUAUUCACCAAUCCCGUGGAGGUGAUAAAGACUCGCAUCCAGCUGCAGGGAGAGCUGGCCGCCCGGGGAUCCCAUGCUCAGCCCUAUAAGAGUGUCUUCCAGGCUUUCGUAACCGUGGCCAAAAAUGAUGGUAUUCUCGGCCUGCAGAAGGGAUUGGCGCCAGCUUUAUGCUUCCAGUUUGUCAUAAACUCCUUUCGUUUAAGCAUUUACACCCAUGCCGUGGAGAAGGGUUGGGUGCACAACAAGAAGGGCGAGAUUUCCUUUGCGAAGGGCAUGUUUUGGGGAGCUUUGGGCGGCGUCGUGGGUUCCUAUUGCGCCAGUCCCUUCUUCCUGAUCAAAACUCAACUUCAGGCGCAGGCAGCCAAACAAAUCGCCGUUGGUUAUCAGCAUCAGCAUGCCUCGAUGAGCGACGCGAUAAGGCAGAUAUACCGGAAGAACGGCAUCUUUGGACUCUGGCGGGGAUCCAUGGCCAAUGUGAGCCGGGCUACGGUAGCCUCAGCCGUACAAAUCGCCACUUUUGGCCAGGCCAAGUCCUUUCUGAAGGAAAAUGGAUUGGUUACCCAUCCCACGCUCCUUUCUUUUUGCUCUGGUUUAUCUGCUGGGUCAUUUGUAUCGGUGGCUAUAACUCCUUUGGAUGUGAUUACCACUCGUCUCUAUAAUCAGGGAGUGGAUGCCCAAGGUCGUGGGCUUUACUACAAGGGCUGGUUGGAUUGCGUGCUCAAGAUUCUGAGAUCUGAGGGAGUUUAUGGCUUGUACAAGGGAUUCUUUCCGAUUUAUCUGAGGAGUGCUCCCUACUCCACUUUGGUGCUUUUGUUCUUCGAUGAGCUGAUUGCACUGCGAGAGAAGUACAAUCUUCAUUACUGAUAUGGUUUAUGCUCUGAAGAGCAAGUUGUAAAGUUAAGAUUUGAUUGUUCACUAGAUUAUAUUUUAUUUAAAAUAAUCAACUUUAGUUACUUACAUUCAGGGACCGUAAAUAAUCGUUAUUUGAGAUUUUUA